AUGGAGAAUUUAUCGUCGAUAAUAGCAGUUCAACACAAAUCACACAGCCAUUUGCAAAGGUUAGCAAAACGUUUCAACAAUAAACCCGAAAAAGAAAUAACAAAGGGCUAUAUGAAAUGCGUUCUAGAAGAAGUCGAAACAAUUUAUAAAAGUUUUAAGGAAGAUCAUGAGCAAAUUUGUGCUUUGGCAUUGGAAAACACCAUUAAUGAAAAAGAUGUGCCAUAUCUAGCAAAUGACUUCUAUGAAGUUUUCUUUGAUACCUACAUUACGUUUAAAUCAAAACUAUUAGAUCUAGCCGAAGAGCCUACAAUGUCGCAUCAUCAUAUGGCAAGUACCUUCAUAUCUUCCAACAACAACUAUAGUAACUCAUCAACAUCAUCAUGUGCCAAACUUCCAAAAAUUGAAUUACCAACCUUCACAGGAGAGUACCUCGAGUGGAUACCCUACUGCGACAUGUUCACUUCGUUGGUACACAACAACCACUCAUUGACUGAUAUACAAAAGUAUUUUUAUUUAAAAGGGUCUUGUAAAGAUUCCCCUUUAGAUAUUAUAAACCAAUACCCAGCUUCUGAUAGAAACUACAUUGCUGCAUGGGAAGCACUUAAAUCAAGAUACCAAAACAAAAGAAAACUUAUUGAACAAAUCUUAAACAAGUUAUUUUCAAUUCCACAGUCUAAUGGUUCGUUUUCUAGUAUAAAAGAACUGCUUGAUUCAACACGAUCGUCUCUAUCACUGUUAAGGUCGCUCGAUAUAGACAUUGAUACAUGGGAUCCGAUCCUUAUAUAUCUUAUGACACAGAAAAUGGACAAACAGACCCGUAAAGAAUGGGAACAAUCCAUUAGUAGCACUGAACUUCCUGUAAUGAACGAUUUGUUCAAGUUUUUGGAAACUACAUUUAGAACAUUGGAGUCUGUAGAGGAAUCAAAUAACCGACCAGAAAGGCAGAUCUCUGUUAGUCGCUGUCCACAACAAAAACCAUUUAAACGAUCUCUGCACAUGCAUAACGCAGCCGUAAGUACGAGCACCUGUGUAUGCUGCCAACGUCGUCACCCACUAUACAAAUGCUUCAAGUUCUUAUCGCUGUCGCCAACAGAAAAGAAAUCAAUCGUAUCUCAAAACAACGUUUGUACGAACUGCCUGAACCCAGGUCAUUACUUUAGGCAAUGUAAAAUUGCAGCUCGCUGCCAACUCUGCCAUCAAACUCACCACACCAUUCUUCACGCUGCUUACGCAACAGACAUCGUUCAAGAUCAAACAACAACCGCGCUGUCUACUGCAGUAGAAAAUAUGAAUGCUACAGCAUUAAGCCAUACACAACCAACAUCACAUAUCAACUCGCACCUAUCAUCGCUUGCAGCGAAUCAACAGUCCCAAGUUCUGCUAGCUACAGCUAAGAUUCUCAUUAAACACCCCCACGGUGUUUGCUAUGCUAAAGCAUUGGUUGAUCCCGGCUCUCAAGCCUCAUUUGUAAACAGAGAGUUAUGUCAACUAUUAAAUUUGAAUCAAAAGAGAAUUGAAAAAACAACGAUAGAUGGAAUUGGAGCAACAUCUAAAACAUCAAUCAAACAUAUGGUCGAGCUGAAGCUGGUGUCCAAUUAUAAUAAGAAUUACAAUUUAACCGUGAGUGCUUUUAUUUUGCCUAGAAUAACAAAUUAUAAACCAAUAGAUGUGAGAAAAUGUGAUCUGCCGGAUUUGAAUUCAUAUCAGUUAUCCGAUCCAACUUUUUACAUGCCAUCUAAGAUAGAUGUUUUGUUGGGAAGUGAUGUUUAUGGUGAGAUCUUAAAACAAAAUUGUAUAAAGUUUCCAAACAGUGUCUUAUUGCAGGAAAGUGUGUUCGGGUGGCUAGUUUCAGGCCCUAUAGGCAAACCAUACCCAAAAACGACCCUGAAUGUAAAUAGCUGCAAUCUCGAGAAUCAGCUGCGUUUAUUCUGGGAACAAGAAGAGUUGGCAGAAACAAAAAAUUUAUCGCUAGAGGAAGAAGCUUGUGAAUCAUAUUUUGCAACAACAUAUAUUCGAACGAGUGAGGGCCGAUAUGAAGUUCACUUGCCAUUUAGAAGUUUGUUAAAAGAUUCUGCAAGAUUAUUUGAUCCACUUGGCUGGUUGGCCCCUACAACCAUAAUGGCGAAAAUCAUGUUUCAAACUCUAUGGCGAGAAGGUUUGGAUUGGACAGAUCCUUUGCCAGCGAAUUUGCACAAUGAGUGGUCUAAAUAUCGAACUGCAUUAAAGGACAUUGAGAAGUUAUCGCUGCCUAGAUGGUUUAAAAGCAAAUCGACAUCCUCUACUGAUCUUCAUGCAUUCUGUGACGCGUCCAAGCUAGCUUUUGCCGCAGUUGUCUACAUAAGAGUUGUGAAGGAAGAUGGAAAAGUACACGUAAGUCUAAUACAAUCAAAAACAAAAGUAGCCCCUCUGAAAGUACAAACCAUACCAAAACUUGAGUUGUGUGCCGCUGUUUUGUGUGCAAGGUUGGUCACCAGGGUAAAAUCAUGCAUUGGGCUCAAAGUAGAUAAUGUGAUGUUGUGGUCGGAUAGUACCACGGUGCUGAACUGGAUCAAAACACAAUCUUCUCAGCUCCCAGUAUAUGAGGCAAAUCGGGUUUCUCAAAUACAACGCUUGACAAAUAUUUCUGAGUGGCGAUAUGUAUCUUCAUCUGACAAUCCAGCAGACUGCGCAACCAGAGGCUUAUUACCAGAGGAUUUAAAAACUCAUACCAUUUGGUGGCAUGGGCCACACUGGCUACAUGAAGACUCAACUGCCUGGCCUGUUUGUAAGCUCAGAAAUACCGUGCAUCCGGCUGCGAGUAAACCAAUCAUCUAUUCAUUCACCACGAGUACAGCCACCAAGCUGAAGACGUCGGAUUAUCCGGACUACUUUUCAAAAUACUCAUCAUUCAACAGACUGCAACGGGUAACUGCGUAUAUUCUUCGAUUUUACAACAAUUUGAAAGCGUCUAUCUCAAAAGAUUCCAUUCAAAAACAUCAUAAACUGAUUGGUUGUCUCCAGACAACAGAAUUGAAAAGUUCAAGAUUGCGGUUAGUCAAGAUUUGCCAACGCAUUUCCUUCAAAGAUGACAUAACUUGCCUUCAAAACAAACUUCCUUUCGCAUGCAACAGCCGAGUACUAAAACUGCAACCAUUCUUGGAUGAUGAAGGCGUUCUUCGAGUUGGAGGAAGAAUUAAGCACGCAGAUUUAUCGUUUGGAAAAAAACACCCUAUUUUAUUAACAAAAACUGAUCCUAUUUCCUACCUUAUAUUUGCAGAAGCUCAUUCUAAAACAUUACAUGGUGGAGUGCAGCUGAUGCAAUCAUACGUCAUGACUCACUACUGGAUCCUUUCAGCACGGAACUUAGCAAAAUCUGUGAAGCGAAACUGCGUGACUUGUUUCAAAUAUUCUGCUAAAGCCGCUACUCAAAUCAUGGGAAAUCUACCACAAGUGCGACUCAAUCCUGCAAGGCCCUUCAAACAUAGUGGUCUAGACUAUGCUGGCCCUAUAAAUAUGAAGCAAAAUACACUCAGACGAAGCACCACAACCAAAGGCUUAACCACUGAUGAUUUUCUGGCUGCAUUUAAGAGGUUCACUUCUCGCCGAGGACCUUGUACUGAUUUGUACUCGGAUUGUGGCACAACAUUCAUCGGAGCGUCCAAAGAACUACAGAUUUUGUACCAUAGAUCCAAAGCUUCAUUACCUGAACAUUUGGUAGAAGGCCUCAACAACAGUGGUACCCAAUGGCAUUUUAUACCUCCUGCUUCCCCUCAUUUUGGUGGUCUAUGGGAAGCGGGUGUGAAGUCUACGAAGCAUCAUCUUCGUCGUAUUAUGAAAGACCGGACUCUCACAUACGAGGAACUUUCAACCCUAUUGUGCCAAGUCGAAAGCUGUUUAAAUUCCAGGCCUCUUUGCCCGCUCUCAACUGAUCCCUCAGACUUCAGCGUUUUGACACCGGCCCAUUUCUUAGUUGGCGAGCCUACAACUUGUAUACCAGAAGACGACUUGCUAGACUCAAACAUCAAUCGGCUAACACAUUGGAAACAGAUUGAGAAACUUAAGCAACAUUUUUGGCAACGCUGGUCCCAAGAGUAUCUUUGCCGAUUGCAGUCAAGACCAAAAUGGAAUUGCCUAAAACGAGAGGCCCAAAUCGGUGAUAUUGUACUGCUACUUCAUGAACGCAGUACCCCAGGACAUUGGCCAUUGGCUCGAGUAGAAGAAAUACAUCCUGGCUCUGACGGGCACUGUCGAGUUGUGACCUUGUAUUGCAAUGGAAAAUUCAUAAAGCGUCCAAUUGCAAAAAUUUGUUUUCUCCCAUCCAACGAUGCAUCAUCAGUCACUUUAAAUGCUUUGGAAGAAAGAAAUACUUGAAGUACGGUUUAAGAACUAAUGUUCUUAGUGGGGGAGAAUGUAUUGGCUUUUUUUACUUUAAACCUAUUUUAGCGUUUUUUAUUUUAUAACUUUAAUCUCAUCACUGAUACUUGCCUUAAUAUAAUUGUCUCUUUCUUACAGUAUUUUUAAGUAACAUUAACUUUGCUCUCACUUAACAAAACCCUGUAACUUACAUUUAUACAAGAGAGAGUUGUUGUCAACUAAGCCUCAAGCAAAGCAGAUCGCUACAGCGAAACAUUAAUUUGUGUCUUGUCAUUCGUCUUUUUUCUUUAAUGUUAAAAUUACUAAAUAACCUCUUGUUGUUAUAAAAAUAAUAAGAACAGUUGUUUAAAGAUAUGUGUAGUAUUCUGUGAAUAAACUUUUA